AAAUAUCUUCAGAAAGGUCAAGGCGCGGCGGCGGGUCUGGCUGGUGGCGGCGGGCGGGAGGCUAGUUCCCCGUGUGGAGAAGCUGCUGCACUAGCGCGGCGGCUGGAGGCACCUCCGCCCCCUCCGAAGACGCAGGGCCGCGCUAAACUCUCGCGGCCUCUGUCACCGCUCAGCUCCUGGCCUUAGGCGAGGAGGCCGGCUUGUGGGCUUGAGUGGCCCGAGCUGAGGGCGCGGAGAGCUCAGGGCGGCGAGGACAAUGGCGUUGAUAUAGGCGGUCACAACGGCCUCAGCAGGCGGGGAAGAUGAAAGGUAGCUGGAUCGAGCUGGGAGAUGUGACACCACACAAUAUAAAACAGCUGAAGAGAUUAAACCAGGUCGUCUUUCCAGUCAGCUACAAUGACAAGUUCUACAAGGAUGUGCUGGAGGUUGGCCAACUAGCAAAACUUGCCUAUUUCAAUGAUAUCGCAGUGGGUGCCGUGUGCUGUAGGGUGGAUCAUUCACAGAAUCAGAAGAGACUUUACAUCAUGACACUAGGAUGUGUGGCACCAUACCGAAGGCUAGGAAUUGGAACUAAAAUGUUAAAUCAUGUCUUAAACAUCUGUGAAAAAGAUGGCACUUUUGACAACUUCUAUCUGCAUGUCCAGAUCAGCAAUGAGUCUGCAGUUGACUUCUACAGAAAGUUUGGCUUUGAGAUUAUUGAGACAAAGAAGAGCUGCUAUAAGAGGAUAGAGCCCGCCGAUGCUCAUGUGCUGCAGAAAAGCCUCAAAGUCCCUUCUGGCCAGAACGCAGGUGUGCAAAAGACAGACAACUGAACAAACUACAGAUGAACUUUCUUGCACUUGCUUGUUGCCAAAUAAAAGAGAGGCCCAUUGAUUCCCCUCCCCCCUUUCUUCUAAAACUUUCCCCCUUCCUUGUUCUUACUUUUCCUCCUUUCAAAACUUGCUUCCCUUUCCUCUAAAAGUGUUAAACUUUUAAGGACUUAUUAAUCAUGUUUGGAUUGUUUUAGUUUUCUUAUUUUUGUGAGGUGGUUUGAUUGUAGGAAGGAGAAGGUAUAGAUCGGUUUAGUUUCACAGUUAAGGUAUAUAUGGUCCCAAAAAUCUGAGUGUCAAUUUCCGUUUUUUUUUUUUUUAAUGUCCUGCUUUCACAUUGAAAGGCAGAGCCUACAAAAUAUUGUAUAUUUCAAAGGACAAAAAGAAGCAGCAGCAAUGUCUUGUUCUCUCUCUUAGACAAGUUUAGUGUGUUUGUGGUACUUUGGGUUUUUAAAAGAUUUUGUGGGAUACUAAUCCCUAUACAUUGCCUUCAAUCCACCUUUUGUCCUUCUGAGUAUUAUCUCAGGAGUUGGGCCAUUGUUAUCCUUGUAAGAAAUACUAAGCUUAUUUUGUUCUGUUAAGCAAUAUUCCUUCCUUCCUUGCUGGUGGCUGAAGGUGGGUGGGACAGUUUGAAUUGGUAGUAUUAGACUUUGGUCUCAGUAUGUGAGUUAAACUGCUUUUUGCUAAUGAGUAGGCUGUUGGUUAGCAGGUUUGUUUUUCCUGCUGUUGAUUGUUACUAGUGGCAUUAUCUUUUAGCAUAUGGGCUGGUGAGAUUAAUUUUUUUUUUAAUAUCCCAGCUAGAGAUACAGCCUUUAACUGACCUAAAGAGGUUUCUUGUGAUCUGCUUUUUUUCUCCUGUUGUUUUUCUUCAGUAAACCCACAGUAGUUGGUCAGACCUUAAAUAUGGAGUUGAUGUCCUUUAUAGGUCAGUGCCCUUAAAUAAACCUGAAGUAGGUAUUGUCUCCUGGACAUACAAAAAAAUACCUAAACAGAAGCUUAGAUGGAUUUGUGGCACAAUAAAUGCAUUUAAUGUCAGCUAACGCAGACUGUUAGAAGUGUGGCCACUGAGCAUUUGAUUUUAGAGGAAAGAAUAUCUAGACAGUAUUUUUGAGAAUAACAUAGCUGUGCUAUUGCUUAUCUGUUGGAGAACAUCCCAGAUUUGCUUACAUUCUGUGCCUGUGAUACUGAGUUUAAGGAUUUCGGGGAGGGGGAAUUAUUAAACACAUUGCUUAUGUUCUUGGGAAAAGUAGAAGUCUACAAGUGUUAAUAACGCGAAUGUCACUGUGACCUCCUGUACUGACAGGACUGGUUUAUGCCAGAUCAUUUUCUGGCACUUAGGGAGUGGCUUUGACAGGUCAGUAACUUUCUGUAAGAUAGAUGACCUCUAAAAUUUUCAGGUUUUCCUUCAUAAUCCCAUCUCCAAUAUUCAAAAUUUUCUACAUUGCCAAUACCAGUGGCCUAAGAAAUGCUUUCAUUAGACUUAAAACGAUGCACAGAGCUUGAAUUUUCUGUCAUUUGACUUUAAAAAGAAGGUUGAUUCAUAACAUUUAUCUUCUUGUGUAAAUUCUGGCAUAAAAGUUUCAUCUCUUCAAAUACAUUGAAUGACAAAAUUA